AUGCGAUCGACUUUUACGCUGCUCAUGGUGUCUGCCAUUGUAUGCCUAGGGUCAGUUGGCAAUGCAAAACAGGCUGCCCAUUCGACCAGCAAGUUUCCAUAUUUGAGUCGCAAGUCGGAAAAGUUUUUUGUGGAUGGCAGCGCGAUCCCAGAAGUCAAAUUCAACGUUGGCGAGUCGUAUGCAGGCCUUUUGCCAAUACCUUGUUCAGCCAACUCCAGCCUGUUCUUCUGGUUCUUCCCGUCAAAGAACCCCAGCGCUACUGAUGAGAUCACUAUAUGGCUCAACGGUGGGCCGGGGGACAGCUCCAUGAAGGGCCUGUUGCAAGGCAAUGGUCCGUUCCUCUGGAAGGAAGGAGCUCUCGCGCCCGUCCGGAAUCCCUAUUCUUGGAACAAGUUGACCAACAUGGUCUACAUUGACCAGCCCGUGGGAACUGGAUUCUCACCAAGCGUGGGUUCUGUUAAAGAUGUAACCGACAUCGCAGAGCAAAUAACCUGCUGGUUCAAAAACUUUGUGCAGACUUUUGGUCUUCAAGGACGCAAGGUCUAUAUUACCGGAGAGAGCUAUGCCGGCCACAUGAUCCCGUACAUUGCUUCGCGGAUGCUAGACACGAACGAUAGGACUCACUUCAACGUCAAGGGAAUCAACAUUAUUAAUUCGGUGAUAAAUGACUAUUCUAUCCUUCAGCAGGCGCCAGCGGUUGCCGCUCUCAACUACCAUCGGAAAGAAUUUCGUCUCAAUGAAUCAUUCAUCGCCAGUUCGAACGCGAGGGCUGAGAAAUGCGGUUACACCAAAUUUUUGUCUAAAGCAUUAACGUAUCCGCCGCCAAAGCAGUUCCCAGCAGUUCCGGAUCCUGAACAGAAUGACUGCCGAAUUUGGAGCGACAUCUUGACAGCUUCCUUUGCAGUCAAUCCGUGCUUCACCCCCUAUAAUUUAAAGCAUCGCUGCCCCACGCUCUCAAACGUCAUGGACGACGGCCCAGGCAGCUACUUCAAUCGAUCAGAUGUACAAAAGCUGCUCAACGUGCCACCGACAAACUACAAAGUCGGUGGCGGGUUUAUGUGGAGUGGUUUUCCGGGCAAAGACGCCUUGGGCCCUCGUCCGAGUGCCCAGGGUCCAUUACCGAGCGUCAUCGAGCGUACCAACAAUACUCUCAUUUCAAAUGGUUUACUGGACUACCUGCUGCUUGCUAACGGCUCCUUGGCGACCAUACAAAACAUGACUUGGAACGGCCAAAAGGGGUUUCAAACACGUCCUGUUGAACCACUGCUUGUUCCGAGCCAAGAGUGGCAAUCAAACCCGUGGAAGAAGCGAGAAUCGACUGAGAAGGCCAUCCAUGGCGGUAUGAGCGUCAAAGGGACAGCUCUCACAGAAAGGGGACUAACGUUUAUAACGGUGUUUGAAGCCGGUCAUGAAAUGUCUAGAGAUGCGCCAGCCGCUUCAUAUCACCAGCUACAGUUUCUUCUCGGCCGCAUCCAUAGUUUAAGUAAAUAA